ACAAAAGAGACUGCUUCCGAGGGUGGGCGCGGCAGACGACUUCCAUCGGUGUUGAUGUUGAGGUCGAACUUAUGGUGGCCGUCGUUGUGUUGAUGUGGUGUGGAAUUGAGGUUCCUCUUUGUUCCUCUAAAUUAUGUUCGUGAUUCUCCAGGUGCACCAGCGGUGAGUCGUCGCGCUGCAAUGGAAUGUAGUGUAAGAAGUAUGGCCGAAGCAAGUGUGACGGAUGACCAAACUGUUGUUCCCGAAGGACGCGUUGGACAAGUGUGUAAAGAAUGGGUAGUUCGAGAAGAUGGUGUGUUGGCGUACAGGCUGCAGACGCAGGAAAUCAGUCAGCACUACAACCUGAACCGCACCAACAACCAGCUUUUGAGGAACGACCUGCCAUUGGCCAAGACAGUGCAGCGUACGGAAGAAGAGGAGGCAACCAUGAUUCGAGAAGCUUACGAACGCAUGCUGCAAGAACAGGAGGAACACGAUGCCAAAAUUGCCUUGGAGCUCCAGCAACAGUUGCAGAGGGAAGCAGCCCUUCACGCAAGUUUAGAAGAGGAAGAUAAAAGGCUAGCCCUGGAACUUCAGAGAAGAGACCUUCCCAGGAAGCUUGAGAAGAUCGAGAGAAGACGACGAGACGACGCAUUGCCAGCUGCAUUGCGAAAGCUCUCUCUGGGAGCCAGCGGUGAUACUACAAAUGGAGGGGACGACCUUGGCGAUUCAGAUUUCUCCGAUUUUUGUCUUCAACCCCCCUCGCAUCUGGAAGGGGAGCAGCUGAGGAAGUUUUGUGAAGAUCAAGAUGCUGAGCUGGCAAGGUUACUGCAGGAGCAGGAAACAAAGAGACGUGGUCCAAGUGCGAGGGACCGGCAGAUUGCCAUCGAAGCGCAAGACAGGGAACUGGCCAAACUUCUCCAGGACCAGGAGCGAGCAAGGGCCAGGCGGGCUCGUGAAAAGGCCAGGCAGAGAGCUCAGAUGCAGCAGCAACAGCAGCAAGAAAUGGACACCAUAGAGGAACUGGGCCAUACCAACCAUCAUCAUCACGCUGUGCCAGAGAGCUCAAACGGCCAGCCCACGCGAACGAAGAGUCAAGAAUCUGUGCCAACUAGUGAAGGGGACAUGUCGUUCCUGGUGGGUCCCGGAGUGAAGAACAUAGCAGUGGAAUUGGACCCAACGUUUGAGAGGCGGAAAGAAUCCCUAGAGCGGCAGGGGAGUGGAAGCAGCAACCGGAGCAACAGCAGCUCUGGCAUGUCGCCCCUCACGCCCCCUCCGUCCGCCAUAGGAGGUUCCACGUCAAGUCCUGCACUGUCCAAUGCCUGUUACGUGGAUCCAGACGAGGGUGCUGUCCCUCCCUACAUGCCAAUUCAGGGACAGCGACGCUCCAAGUCCUUGGAGAAAGGAAAGAAGGGCAAAAGAGCGAGAGAUGCCUGCCGUCAACAGUAAAAUUAAUCGCGCACACAGUUAACCACACGUCAUUACACGUGAACAUUGUCUGCUGUCACGUCCUCACAUGCUUUCAUUUAUCGACAGAACUGUUUCUGGCCAAAAGUUUGAUUUGUUGUUUUACCACUUUGUGCUACUCUUUUUUUUUUUUUUCUGCAACGUGAAGUUCGGACAGACGUUGCAUUGUUAGGUAGCUGCAGUACUACUAUAGUACGAACGUAGCAAGAGAACCGAAAUUUUGUGACUUGUUCGUAUGAACCGUGCUUGUGUAAUUUGUGAACCACAUGAAGAAAAACGAGGGAAAAGUAACGAAAAAUUGAGAACGAGCAACAAGAAAAAAAAACUUUAGCCUGCACAUCCUUUAUCGAGCUGCAGAGAGAGCCUAGUAUUUCUGAAUUUCUUCAUAGAACAGUAAAAUGGGGAAGUACUCAUAUCAGUGCCCAUUCAGUUCAGAUCAGUUCAGUUCAGUUGCAUAAGUGACUGCAUGUAAACUGUGUGCAGCUUAGUUCACAAUAUUACUACAACGUUUGUUGUUACAAGUUGGAAGUCAUGUGUUGUUCAUAAUGGUAUAUUUUCUUUUGUACAAUAUUUUUCAGAUAACUCAUUUUUUAUACGGAAUACUUGAUACAGCUAUCUUCCAACAGUAUCAUUGGUUUGAUACCUGACUAUUUCUCAAUUCUCGAUGAGAGCACUAUAUCUGUUCAGGAACAAAUUUUUUUUUAUCGAUAUAAUUUUUUCUACAUUUUGAUGGACAGGCACAUUUUUAUAUCCCAAGUUCUGGUCACAAAGUGACUGUAUACUUAGUAUGUUCCCAAGACUCAUCUUAGAAUGUUAGGGUUGAAACAGAUACAAUAGUUGGCAUAAAGCUUAAUUUAAAAAAAAAGUUUUAUUUUUGUCAUUUAUGUGGAAUACUCUCAGCAAUGUAAUUCAUGGUCUCUAUAAAAAUCUCAUUUAUCUUCAGCUAUGCCCAUAUCUAUUACCCACUCAGAAUUACCGUGUAAUUAUUAAAUGGAUUUUCAAGAAUACUUAUCUCCAUUAAGCAUCAGUAAAGGCUUUGCUAUAGUGAGCAAGCCAGAAAUAUGAAAGCUAGUCUCAAAGUAAAUUAUCGUCAGUUACUCUGGGAGAAAAAAGAAUUCUAUGUAUAGAUUAAGAAUAUGUACAUACAUGCUAUAUGUAACUGAAAUGCUUUUAAAGAUCGCAUGAAUUAUCGUGUAAAAUAUGUCUGAGUUUCGUUUUGUAAGCUCGCUUUGCAAGGUGCCAAGCAAAUUUUCUGCAUGUAGCAAUCGCUCCAUCUUUUGAGCCUCACAAUCGUGUAACGAAUCUGUCCCUGCUUAUAACUUGUGCAUUUGACUUGUAAACAGACUGAAGCCCAGUCUGUAUGUAAACUUCAGUGCAUCCAACAGUCCUGGACCACACAGUGCAGCACAUCUGUUGCCACACUGCUUCCUGCAGUGCACUCAAGAAUACAUGUACUGUACAAUGUGGGCAUAAUCCAGCUCACAAUAAAGGCAUUUAUACUCUGUU